CCCCAUUGCGGGUAUAAAAGGAGCCUCCGAGCCAGGGGAAGUUAGCAGCACUCUCCUCCUUUCGUAGCUCAGCUGGGUGACUGUUUUGGGCUUUUGAUCCUCCACUGCCUUUCACCAUGGCCACCAGCAUCAGGCAGUACUCCUCAUCCACAUCCCUCAAGAGCGUAGGGGGCUUAGGUGGAUUAGGAGGUGGCUCCACACGGGUUUCCUCCGUGCAUCUUGGUGGUCCGUACAGAGCCCCAAGUAUCAAAGGGGGAUCUAGCAGUUUUUCUGUCUCCUCUUCUAGGUAUGUCUCUGGGGUAAGAAGCAGCAUGGGUGGUAGCUAUGGGGGGAGCUACAGUAGUAGCUUUGGAGGUGGCUAUGGGGGUGGGCUUGGAGUUGGCUUUGUGUGUGGAUUUGGUGGUAGCUUUGGUGGUGGUGAUGGCAUCCUCCCUGCGGGUGAAAAGGAAACGAUGCAGAACCUGAACGACCGCCUGGCUACCUACCUGGACAAGGUGCGUGCCCUGGAGGAGGCCAAUUCCGAUCUGGAGAUUAAGAUCGAGGCGUGGUAUAAGAAGCAGGGACCUGGUCCUGACCGUGACCACAGCCCCCAUUACAGGACAAUUGAAGAUCUGAGGAGCAAGAUCCUUGCUGCCACUAUCGCCAAUGCCAACCUUGUCUUGCAGAUUGAUAAUGUCAGGCUGGCAGCUGAUGACUUCAAAACCAAGUAUGAGACGGAGCUGGCCCUGCGCAUGAGCGUGGAGGCGGACAUCAAUGGCCUGCGCAGGGUCCUGGACGAGCUGACUCUGGCUAGAAAUGACCUGGAGAUGCAGAUUGAAAACCUGAAGGAGGAGCUGGUUUAUCUCAAGAAGAACCACGAGGAGGAAAUGGAUAUACUAUGCAGCCAGCUGAGUGGAAAGGUCAGUGUGAAGAUGGAAGCAGCUCCUGGGGUGGACCUGACCAAGAUCCUGGCUGACAUGAGAGAGCAGUAUGAGAGCUUGGCAGAGAAGAACCGGAAAGAGGCUGAGCAGUGGUUCUACACCAAGACUGAAGAGCUGAACCGGGAAGUAGCCAUGAACACGGAACAGCUGCAGAGCAGCAAAUCGGAGAUCACAGAACUCAGACGCACGAUCCAGGGUCUGGAGAUAGAGCUGCAGUCCCAGCUCAGCAUGAAAACCGCACUGGAGGGCACCUUGGCAGAGACGGAAGCCCGCUACAGCACCCAGUUGGCCCAGCUGCAGGCCCUGGUCACUAGCGUGGAGGAACAGCUGGCUGAGCUGCGAUGCGACAUGGAGCAUCAGAACCACGAAUACAAGAUUCUCGUGGACGUCAAGACACGCCUGGAGCAGGAGAUCGCCACAUACCGCCGCCUGCUGGAGGGCGAGGAUGGCCACAUUGCUGCCGAGUACCCUGCAGUCCUCUCCUCGCUGUCUACUAACGAAUUAAUCAUACCCACUCUUAAAGUCCACACGGUUCUUGAGGAGGUCCAAGAUAGAAAGGUGGUCUCAUCCCGCGAGCAGGUUUAGCUUUCCACCUGCUAACAGCACAGAGACCUCUAUGGAGCCCAGUUCCCAAGGCUUAAACUGCUCAGAAACAAUAGAGAGAGAUGCGCGGAAAGCUCCAGCUGCUGUACCUGACUGAGCCAUGGGGAAAACUCAGCUCAGUUUGUUUGUUCUUUCCCUUCUCAGUGUCUUGCAUUGGCUGUCACCUGCCUUUAAGUGCCACACUGGUCUGCAAAUGUCUAAUAAAGCUUUUCAUCUGAU